AUGCGAUUUGUAUGUGGGAAACAUUUUCAUCGAGUUAGAAGGAUCACCGCAGCAGUGGAAGCUGAUUUGUACGACGUUGUCAACAAGAUGAUGACAGGAUCGCUGACCAUGACACUUCUGGAGAAGACUGGGCAUUCCAGGAUGAGUCUUGACGAGAUGAUUCGUCUCCUGGGCAAUCACAAAGAGACCAUGUUACUGAGAUGUAAAUGGGGAGAAGACGAGUGUGGUGUUGAUAACUUUACGACUAUCACAACUGACCAUGGCCUGUGUUUUACCUUCAAUGGGCCUAAUUCAAAUCGAGAUCUCAGAGUGCACACUCCAGAAGACUAUCCUGUGAAAGCAGAACAAAACUGCCAAUGUUCCGUUCCGUGCGAGUAUGACUUUGUCGAAACAACGUACUCAUAUGCACAACUGUCAAAGUCAGCCAUUGAUAAGAUCCACCAAGAAGAUAUAAAUAGAAUUCUUCCACGGUACAAAAAAGCUCUAGAUGUUUACGAGUACAAGAAUGAACGGAAUCAGCACAAGAAGAAGAAUUACCAAGAAUUUAGCGAAUCCCUGAGAACAGUCACACAUCUGUACCGUGUGACAAUAUCGAUGUUGAAGGAAAGCAAGCGGAACAUUGAAAAGUUGCAGAAAUUCAUGCUAGAUGUUUACCAAAUCAAGACUGACUACCUCUGGGCUCAGUCAUAUAUUGUAAAGAAAAACUUUGUGGAGGCAAAGAAUGAAAUGGAUGAGACGACACUGGGGGAGCUAGCAGAUGACCUGUACGUGUUUCGUUACAUAACUGAAAGAAAGAUUAUGGAACUUGCUGCAGCAACAGACAAGAGCGUCAAAGAAGUUCAAUACAAAUUAUUGACAGAGCAAUUGAUGGCAAGAAUCUGGCUUGCUGAGCUGUCCUUGAAGAACUUGACCCAACUGGUUUCUGCUUACACAACCGGCGACCCCAUAUUCAACAACAGUCUACCUGAAGAUACAAAUUUUACAAUGCUCAUUCCAAGAGAAUUGUUAAAGAAAGCUAUCAACAAAUCUGAAAAUGGCUCUAAAAUUGUGCUGUCUGCACAUAAACACAUCACCCAGAUUGCUGUUAUUUUACGGAAACUGAUGAAUAUUUCACAUGCUGUAUAUGAAACAGAGAUCAUCACGCAGGAGCAAACAAACAGU